AUGGAUGGUAUUUUUGCUCACGAUACACGUCUUCUAAUCAAAUUAAUCAUCGAUCUUGCGCUUUUUUCAGAAGAAAUAGGUGAUCAACAAAGGAAAGAUGACAAUAAUGAAUUAGAAGCUCAACGAAACUAUGAUCGCGCAAAAAAAAUUACAAAUGAUGAGGCUGGAAUAGCUGUACAUCCAUCGCAAUCAAUUGAUCGAUCGACAAUUGACAACAUUACUACGUUAGCCACGGAACGUGUUUCUCAAAAACGAACAAAUCAAUCUGAUCAUCAUCUGGCAGCACCAAACGAAAUCGCUUUUAACAUUCAAGAGGAUUCUUGGAUGGAAAAUGACAUAUUACGUUUUAUUUGCCCAUUUUGCAAAUUUUUUUUUCAAGAACCUUAUGAACUUGAAUGUGGACAUCAACAAUGUAAAUCAUGUAUAAAUCAUAAUAAUAUUUGUGCAACAUGUUCGAAAUUCAUUUUAAAAGAUAAAGCACGGUUCGAUCCAUGCUUUCAAAAUGAGAUGCAAGAGUUCUUAUCAAUGUGUCCAAAAUGUAAAUGGGGAGAACGAUGGAUAUUUUAUCAGAAGCAUCUUAAUCAAAAUCAUCAACAAUUUACAAACUGUUCCAUUUGUAAUAAACAAGAAGCUCAAAGUAGUUCUUAUGAACAUUACUUAAAUGGAAUGCAUCAAAAUAAUGUUAAAAUUAUUAUAUUAGAUAUGCAAUAA